AUGUUCGCGACCAGAGUCCUCCGCCAGGCUGCCGCCCACGCCGAGCGUACCCCCAGCAUCCGCUUCCUCGGCCGCCGCACCAUUCCCUCCUCCGUCGACCACACCCCCGCUCCUCACCCGGCCUCGCCCACCGGCACCCUGCCCCCCAACUUCGGCAACGGCUCCGCCCCGGCCAGACACACCUCCUUCAGCUCCUACCGCGACCACGCCCAGCAGCACGGCCCGCUCCAGCGCUCCAUCCGCAACGGCGAGCCCGGCAUCGGCGGCACCUCCGGCCACGAGAUGGGCUCCGUCAUGCCCGCCUCCGGCAUCUUCUUCGACCGCUCCGAGCUCCCCGCCCGCUUCCGCCGCCAGCCCCUCGACAUGGCCGAGAUUGAGGCCGUCGAGUCCGGCGGCGCUGCCCUCUUUGGUUGA